UCACUGCAGCCACCUGUUACACACAACAAAGUCAAGAGGUCUCGACUAAAGACAAUGCAGGCUGAGGAAUACAACCGCAGAGGUAAUACAGACUCCAUUUUACUAUGUUGACUUGUGUUGCUAAAUUUUACUGCUAACAAUGAGAACUAAACAACAGACAUAAUAAAGAUAAAUGAUAUAUUUUAAUAAGGAUGUAAUUUAUUCUGUUAUUUUCUCUGUUUCUGAUCAGCCAAAGAGCUGGUGGACUACAUCACCCACUAUUUGAGCACCAUCAGGGAGAGGAGGGUGAUUCCAGAUGUGAAGCCGGGUUACAUGAAGGAGCUUCUCUCUGACACGGCACCCACAGAGCCAGAGAGCUGGGAGAGCAUCUUCAACGACUUAGAGAAAGUCAUCAUGCCAGGAGUGAGUCCCUGAUCUCAUAUCAGGUCGUAUUAUCAGUCGUUUCAAACGAUGGAAAUGAAAUAAUCUUCUCUUUUUUGUUUUCUAGAUAGUCCAUUGGCAGAGCCCUCACAUGCACGCCUACUUCCCAGGUCUGACUUCAUGGCCCUCCAUGCUCGGGGACAUGCUGGCUGAUGCCAUCAACUGUAUUGGAUUCACAUGGGUAAGGGGACGAGCUUGGGAAACUGAGUCACAUGGAAAACUGAGUCUAACUCAUAAUCAGGCAGAUAGUGGAUCAGAGUUUGUGAUGAGGCACAUCAGAGUUCAGGCUGACAGAAAUUGUCAGAAAACAUAAUUUAUUCGAUUGUACAUAUUGUGUCUAGACUGGAGUUUGGUUGAAACUUCUGUCAAUUCCUGCCUCUACAGGAUAAAUAACAUAAUUUCUUAACAGGCCUCCAGCCCAGCUUGUACAGAACUGGAGAUGAAUAUGAUGGACUGGUUGUGUAAAGCUCUAGGGCUCCCCUCCUUCUUCCUGCAUCACCACCCUGACAGCAGAGGAGGGGGAAUACUGCAGGUUUGAGACCCCUUGAUCUAUUGUCUAUAUCUAUUCUUCAUACCUGUGGAAGUAUGACCUUAAUUCUCCGCCUGACUCCCCCUGUUAGACUACUGUCAGUGAGAGCACUCUGGUUGCUCUCCUGGCUGCAAGAAAAGAUAAAAUCCUGCAGCUGCGAGCGGAGAUCGACCAUGACGUGGAUGACUCAGUCCUGAAUUCAAGACUUGUGGCCUACGCCUCAGACCAGGUUAGUGUAGCAUCAGUUUGAGUGAUAUCCUCACAUCAGUCAGACUGAAUAUAAUGAGAAGAUGUUAUGUGUUACUAUCAUUACAGGCUCAUUCAUCUGUAGAAAAGGCAGGUCUGAUUUCUUUGGUGAAGAUCCGGUUUCUUCCCACUGAUGAGCAGUUUUCUCUGAGAGGAAACACUUUGAAACAAGCUGUGCAGGAGGACCGGAGAAGAGGACUGGUGCCUGUUAUGGUGGGUGUUUGAAUCUGAAAGACUAAUGAGUAAUGUUUAGUUGAAUUCAUAUGCUGUACAGACUGUUUUUUGUUGACAGAGAGCAACAGACAUUCAUCAGCAUUUACUUCAUUUUAAGGGUUAGGUCGCCAUCUAGUGGCAACAUGCUGGAGGUGUUUUACAAUCUCAUCAGAAGUGUGAUCAGGAGGCGUUCAACCUCGAAAACUUGAAGGUCAACUGAUAGAUGACAUUAAUCUUCAUGAUCUCUAUCUCCUGACAUAAGUGCUUGUUUACAGUCAGAGUCACGUCAGUCUAACACCUGAGAGGUUUUUCAGUCACUGGCCCGCUAAACUUUUGAAGCUUCAAAGGUGAUGUCAUGAAAAAAUGCUUGUUUGUUUGCUUUGGUUGUUAUCAGUCAGACAGCCAGUUGGGUAAUGUGACCUGGCCCGUUUACUUAUUUUCCAGACAUUUUGAACCCCUGUUGAGUUUGUUAUCUUUAUGUCGCUCAAUAUUUCAGUCACUAAAUUUUACUUUGUUACUAAAUAAAUCUUUAAACAAAAAAGGAUUUAUUUAGUUGAUCUUCUUUGUGGUUUUCUUGUCUUUUUACCAACUAGAUGAAAAGUUUUUGUGUACAGCUCCGUCCUUAACAGAUUAAAUGCUGUUCAAACCUUGUUGAACUUGCUCAAGGACACCUAAAUGGGAGCUCCUUCAUACAUGAAAAUCAAUCAGUGGAUAGGAGUAGGAUUUUGAAUGAAGCACUUUUACUCUCAUGUUUAAUGUUAGGGUUCAUGUACUAUUAGUCCCAUUCAAGCUAACUUUUAACAAUCUGAAAAUAAAUCAAACAACGCUGGUCAAAGUGUAAAACAAUAUCAGUAUUGUCAGAUUUGUGAUAUUCUCUCUCUUGUUUUAGUUGUGUGCCACUCUGGGAACCACAGGCGUGUGUGCCUUUGACAACCUCUCUGAACUGGGACCAGUCUGUAAGUCCUAAAAUUAACUCCUGAUAAAGUGGUCUGUUACACCACCUGUAAUGUCAGAGAGUCUUUAUACUGAGGGAACUGUAUGUCACUGUAUUUACAUCUUUUUUAACAGGUGCUGAGGAGGGGCUGUGGCUCCAUGUUGACGCUGCGUACGCUGGCUCAGCAUACUUGUGUCCUGAGCUCCGCUGGUCUCUCGAAGGAAUUGAAUUUUCUCACUCUUUUGUUUUUAAUCCAUCAAAGUGGAUGUUGGUCAGUUUUGACUGCACAGCUUUCUGGUGAGUUAAUAUGAUAACCUGUUUCAUCUCACCUGUGUGUGAAAAUUAAGUAAUAAAAUGUCAAUGUUGAAGAUGUUUGUCAGUGAGUAGUGAAGUUGAAUUUUGUUUUCUCAGGGUAAAGGAUAAAUACAAGCUCCAACAGACGUUUGGUGUUGAUCCAGUUUACCUCAAACAUGAUUAUUCACAGUCCGCCACAGACUUCAUGGUACUAAAAUAUCAGCUCUUCACCAAAUUAAAAUUCCAGCUGCCACAGUUAAUCAUUUCAUGUAGUCACUCUUUUGUUUCUGUUUUCCAGCACUGGCAGAUCCCCCUCAGCCGACGUUUCCGUUCUCUCAAACUCUGGUUUGUUAUGCGCUCCUUUGGACUGAAAAACCUGCAGGCUCAUAUCAGACAUGUAAGAGGCUCUCAUGUAACCUGUUUGAGGAACAAGGCGCCGUUUUUUUACGUUAAUAUUUAUCAUUUUUCUUCUGUUUUAGGGCAUUGAAAUGGCAAAGCUCUUGGAGUCUCACAUGAGGAGUGACCCAAAUUUUGAGAUUCCUGCAGAGAGACACCUCGGUCUAGUUGUCUUCUGUAUGAAAGUAUGAAGCACAAAUUCGUACUGCACAGUAAAUCAAAGUGUUGGACUAAUUGUUAGUGUUUUGAGGCACCAUAUAAGCUAAUCAUUGUUCAGAUGUACAAGGUUACAGUCACGCCUCGUCCAAAGGUGAGCCAGAAUGAGGUUAACUAGUUUUAUCAGGCCCGAGUGAAGGCCAAAGCAAUAUCCGAGAUCAAUAAAAGAGCAGAAACUUUGAAUGUAUGUCACUGAAAAUGCUCUUGUUUAGUCUGGAAAAAAACUGAUUUGUUGUGUUGAUCAAGUUGUUUAUGGAUAUGUUGUCCAUUCUUUUCCUAGAGAGGAAAUGCUUUGACUCAGGAGCUGCUGAGAAGACUGACUCAAACAGGCGCCAUGUACCUCAUCCCUGCAAACAUUAACACCAAACGUAUCAUCAGAUUCGCAGUGACGUCACAGUUCACUACAGCCGAUGAUAUCCUGGAGGACUGGAACCUCAUCUCCAAAACAACUUCCGCUCUUUUAGCUGAGACCGCAGCUCUGAAUAAAACAGACCCAUCAAAACCAGGAAAAGACGAGGUGAUGGCAGCAGAAAACAAAGAAGACUUAGACGCUUUUGAACACGUAGCUACGUCCAAAACAGACAGGGCUGAGGUAGAGCUGUGGAUCGACAAGGCGUGGAAUCAGUCAAGGAGGCCGAUGCGCUCUCUCAGCUGCAACAGCGAGCCUCUGCCGUGCACUUAUAUCGGGCCGAUAUCUGGCUACAAGUUCACAACAAGACCGAUCGCUGAAGAGGCUACAGGUGCUCUCCCAACACUGCCAACAGCAGGACAAGGCCCUGUGCUGAAGAUCACUCAGUCACCUUCAAAGCUGACAAAGUUUUACAGCGUGCCCAGCUUCUGUAACCAGUGGGUGCAGAGUGGCCGGCACCCACUGUGUUGCCCCGCUAGGGUGUCACAAACUGCUCAGAAACAUUUUUCAUCCCCCAGCAGGAGCAUAAACUGCAUGUCUUCCUCUCCUGUGGCCAAAAAGGGUCCAUCACAGACUCAACUGGAAGCAGACACGCUGCGGUAAUGGCCCCGAAAGCAGCAUUCAGGUCUAUCAUACAGGAAAUCCACCUGUCAUUUCCAUUUUUUAAAAAUACAUUUAUUAAAAAGUAUAUUAAACAAAAAUCACAUAUGUUGAAAUGUUUCACAAAAUUCUUCACAUUAAGUUUGAUUUCCUUUUAAGUGCUCAAUGCUUUCUGUGCAUCAUCAUCAUCUGGC